CUUUGAUUUGGCCCACCGGCUGGGGCAGCAAUAUUUUUAAGUACAAAGCGGCGCUGCUGCACAUGUUAAGUUUUGUAGCGUUACCACCAUACCUUGCGGAAAUUGCUACCUGUUUGUACAGUACUGUAAUGUCAAGAGAGCUCAGAUUUCGCUCCUCCCCUCUACGGAUUGUACUGCAGAGUGGACUGUUAAAGCGUUCAAACAGGUGGACGUGCGGGAAGCCGCUGAAGUAUUGCAGCUACAGAAAAGACUUAACAGCUUCCUGGAUGGGGAUCAGGCUCAUCAUGAGUGGCCAUUUGGGCAUCUUCAUUCUGGCUCUCGCUGCAGUGGCUCAAGACCUGCCUUCGGGUCCUCAGGGAUGCACAGAGGGCAGCUGUUACCCAGCAACAGGUAACCUCCUCAUUGGCCGAGCUGUCAACCUGACUGCCACCUCCACCUGCGGCCUGCAUGGUCCUGAAAGCUACUGCAUCGUCAGCCACCUGCAGGGGGCAGACAAGUGCUUUGCGUGUGACUCACAAAGGCCCUAUGACCCUUACUGGAACAAGAAUAGCCAUCGUGUGGAAAACGUCAUCUACCUUGAGGACAGUACUGGGGAGCUUACCUGGUGGCAGUCUGUCAGCGGAGAGGAGAAUGUGAGUCUAAGGUUGAAUCUGGAGGCGGAAUUCCACUUCACACACCUCAUCAUGAAGUUUAAGACCUUUCGGCCUGCCGCCAUGCUGAUAGAGCGCUCUGCGGAUUUUGGGCAUUCCUGGAAACCCUACCGCUACUUCUCUUAUAACUGCACCAAGAUGUUCCCUGGCGUGCCGGCUCAUGCCCUGAGGCACAUUGAUGAUGUCAUCUGUGAGGAGCGCUACUCUGACAUUGAACCGUCCACCCUGGGCGAGGUCAUUUAUAAAGUGCUUGACCCUGCUAUUGAUGUCAAAGACCCCUACAGUCUUCAAAUUCAAGAGUUGCUCCGGAUCACCAACCUGCGCAUUAACUUCACCAAGCUGAACACGCUGGGGGAUGACCUGCUGGAUUCCCGAUCGGAUGUCCUGCAGAAGUACUACUACUCCCUCUACGAGCUGGUGGUGCGGGGCAGCUGCUUCUGCUACGGACACGCCUCUGAAUGCGCCCCCAUACCCGGCAUCACCACCCGAGAGGCUGGCAUGAUCCACGGGCGCUGUGUGUGUAAGCACAACACGGAGGGCCUGAACUGCGAACGCUGCAGAGACUUUCACAACGACCUGCCCUGGAGACCAGCUGAAUCGGACGACCCUCACACCUGCAGGGAAUGCAACUGCAAUGGCCAUUCCAACCAGUGCCACUUCGACAUGGCGGUGUACCUGGCCACAGGGAAUACUAGCGGUGGCGUCUGUGAUGACUGCCUUCACAACACCAUGGGCCGCAACUGUGAGAUGUGCAAGCCCUUCUACUACCAGGACCCAGCCAGGGACAUCCGAGACCCCGCUGCCUGUGUCCCGUGCGACUGUGACCCGGUGGGCUCCUUGGAGGGAGGGGUGUGUGACAGUCACACAGACCUGGACAUGGGUAUGAUUGCGGGUCAGUGUCGCUGCAAGCAGAACGUGAAGGGCACUCGCUGUGACUACUGCAAGGAGGGCUUCUUCGGUCUCAGCCAAAACGACCCCCAGGGCUGCCAAGCCUGCAACUGUGACCACCGAGGGAUUAUAAUGAUGGGGUCACCGUGUGAUCAGAUCAGCGGGGACUGCUCCUGCAAGAGAUAUGUCACAGGCCGCUACUGCAACCAGUGUCUGCCAGAGUACUGGGGGCUUAGCAAUGACCUCUCAGGAUGCCGGCCCUGUGACUGUGACUUCGGGGGAGCCUACAGCAACAGGUGCGUGAUGGAGAAUGGGCAGUGUGACUGUCGGCCCCAUCUUAUUGGACGGCAGUGUGCAGAUGUCCAGCCUGGGUACUUCUGUGCCGCCCUGGACUUCUACACAUAUGAGGCUGAAGAUGCUGUGGGCCACUCCCCUGAUGAUCCUGCUCUACCAGGACGGGCGAGACCCCAGGCUGAGACUGACUGUGUUGAGCACCUCAACAACCAGCUGCGAAGACACCGGCGUCAUCGCCGUAUCGCUGCUGCACAGCAGCAGAGGGCAGCACUGAGACGUAUCCGCCAGCUGCAACAGACGCCGGAUGCGAAGAGUGUUCACAGGGAGAGGGCUCCUGGUCAAAUGGUCACCUGGACUGGCCCGGGAUUUGCCAGGGUCAAAGAUGGUGCCGGACUCGUCUUCACUAUCGACAACAUCCCAUUCGCUAUGGAGUAUGACAUCAUGAUCAGAUACGAGCCAGAGUCCACAGAGGACUGGGAGGCCAUUGUCAGCAUCACCUCCCUGCUGCUGCCUACCAGCUCACGCUGUGGGAAUGUGCUGCCCACCGAGCAGAUGUACACUGUCAUUCUGCCUCAUCAUGGAAGGUAUGUUCAGAUGCCGAGGCCUUUCUGUUUUGAGCCCAACAAUCGCUAUGUGGUGGCGAUCCGUUUCCAGCGCCAUGGGGUCUCCCACAGGCACCUGACUGCUUUCAUCCUGAUAGACUCCCUGGUGCUGAUCCCCAAAUACACGGAGCUGCCUGGUUUCCAAGGCAACGACCCGGCGGCACAGCACCGGCGGGAGGAGAUGGUGCGCUACAUGUGCCUGGACUCGUUCAUGAUCACGCCCAUGCCGGCACUGGCCGAGAUGUGCACCCAGCUCAUCUGCAGUAUCUCCGCCAUCCUGCACGAUGGAGCUCUGCCCUGCUUUUGUGACCCCCAAGGGUCACUCAGCGCUGAAUGCAACAAGGUCGGAGGUCAGUGCCGGUGUAAACCCAACGUGAUAGGACGCCGCUGUGACCAGUGUGCUCCAGGGACGUAUGGCUUUGGACCCUAUGGCUGCAUCGCCUGCGACUGCCACUCCCAAGGGUCCCUCAGCCACCAGUGUGACCCCGUGACGGGCCAGUGUCCGUGUCACCAGGGGGCGUCAGGGCGCCAGUGUGCCGACUGCCAGGUGGGUCAGUGGGGCUUCCCCAACUGCCGGCACUGCCAGUGUAACGGGCACGCGGAGCUCUGCGACCCCCGGACGGGAUCGUGCCAGCAGUGCAGGGACUACACCACGGGGCACCUGUGCGACAGGUGUAUGAAUGGUUUCUACGGAAACCCCGCGCUUGGUUCUGGGGAGCACUGCCGGCCGUGCCCCUGCCCAGGACACCCAGGAAGCGGGCAUUCCAACGGAGACUCCUGCUACGCCGACCACUCCUCCAACCAGAUCGUCUGCCGCUGUAGGCAAGGGUACGCAGGACCUCGCUGUGACCAAUGUGCCCCCGGUUAUUUCGGGGACCCGCAGAGACCAGGUGGAGAGUGCCGCAGGUGCGAGUGCAACAACAACAUCGACCCCCAGGACCCCGAGUCGUGUGACCCACGGACAGGCCAGUGCCUGAAAUGUCUGUACAACACAGACGGCCCCUCCUGCUCCCAGUGCAAACUGGGUUACUACGGCAACGCGCUGGCGCAGGACUGCAGACGGUGCACAUGUGUGACGGCAGGCACCCUUUCGCAGUUCUGUAAUGGUGAACUGUGCCACUGUGACCAGAGGACAGGGGCCUGCCCCUGCCGGAGCAACGUGGAAGGGCACAACUGUGACCGGUGCACCCCACACCACUGGAACUUUGGUACAGACCAUGGCUGCGAACCAUGUGGCUGCCACGCAGAGCACUCCCACGCCCCUCACUGCAACAUGUUCAGUGGGCAGUGCCAGUGCCAGCCGGGGUUCGGAGGGAGGCAGUGCACCGAGUGCCAGCAGUUACACUGGGGAGACCCGCAAGUCCAGUGCCAUGAAUGCAAUUGUCACCCCUUGGGCUCAGAGACGCUACAGUGUGACCGCACAACGGGGGCGUGUGAGUGUAAGGAGGGGGCAACGGGGAGGCGCUGCGACGAGUGCGCCCGCGGGUUCACGGGCGCCUUCCCCAAAUGCGUGCACUGCCACCCCUGCUUCGACCAGUGGGACGACGUGGUGUGCCAGCUGCAGCAGGAGCUGGGGCGCAUCCGGCAAACGGUGCAGAUGAUCCUGGAGAGCGGGGUUGCCCCGGGUGUUAGCGACGAACGCAUCAGGGACCUGGAGAAAAAGCUGGCCCUCAUCCAGGACCUGAUCCGCAACGGAGACAAGGAGAAGAUUUACCAGCUGAUCGGCCAGUUCACCGACGAGCUGAGGACGGAGAUUGCUCUGACUGACGGGCGGUUGAUGGGAAUCGGUCUGGAGCUCAAUGGCACGAUGGAGCUGGACAGGCUGCUCCGGCAGAACCUGACUGAGAUGGAGCAGCAGCUUAGGGACGUGAACGCGACGCUGGCCCAGCGGCGCCGGGAGCUGGAGAACUUCAUCAGUGCCGGCUUCACAGAACAGUUUGAGAAUGUGCGUAAGUACUACCAGGAGUCCCAGGAUGCGGAGCGGAGGUGCAAUGCUUCGGUGUCGGGUCCGAAUAGUCCGGUGAAGCAGUCCCAGGAGACCCGCAAACAGGCUGAGGACCUGCUCAACAAAAGACGAGACAAGUUCCUGCGGUCCAUGGCUGCCCAGAAGAAGUCCCUGUCAGAGCUGCAGGAUAAAACCAACGACUUGGACAAGAAGGUCAACCACGUGAGCGACAAGGUGUGCGGCGGCCAUGCUAACGCCAGCGCCAACGGCAGCUGCCCGGAUAGCCUGUGCGGGGGUGCCGGUUGCCGUGACAGCGCGGGGCAGAGGCUGUGCGGAGGGGAGGGGUGCGGAGGUGCUGUUAGCGCAGCCGACAGGGCUCUGAAACAGGCCACCAACGCCACCAAUAACAUCACCGCCGCCAGCGAGGAGCUGCAGAGGGUCGCCAAGAAGCUCCAAGACAUUGAGAUGCUGACUAAGGAUGUGAAGACCAAGGCCAUGGGAACCCUGGAGAAGGCACAGAAAAAUAAGGACUCUUUUGAAGAGUCCAACAACCAACUCAAAACAUUCAUCCAGAAGAUCCGAGACUUCUUGACAGAGGAAGGGGCAGACCCGGAGAGUAUUGAGAAGGUGGCCCAGCAGGUCCUGGCUAUCAGCCUACCAGUGAACAGCAGUGUCCUGGCACGACUGGUGCAGGAAAUUCGAGACAGUAUCGCAAACCUCACUGAUGUGGAGAACAUCUUCAACAGCACCUCUGUGCAGCUCAGCAAAGCCAAGGAACUGCUUCAGAAAGCCCAGGAUGCUAAGAAGCGGGCAGAGGGGGUAAAGGAUACUGCGAACCAAACAAAGCAGGCCCUGGAUAAUGCACAGAAGGCCAUCAAAAAUGCAGAGAAGGCCCUGGGGGAGGCCCAGAAGAGCCUCAAUAACACAGAGACUGCCACCUCUGCGGUAGGGAACAAACUCAUGGACAUAGAAAGCAAACAGAUGGAUGCCAUGAUGCGACUGGCCAAUCUUUCAAAGGGGAUAGAGUCCCUGAAGAAAAAAACAGAGCAGAACAGGGAAAUGGCGCAGGAUGCCAAGGCGAAAGCUGACAAUGCCACCAAGGCGGCCAUGGGAUUGGAUCAGGAGCUUAAGGAUGCAGAGGACCAAUACAAGAAACUCCAGGAAAAAGUGGAUUCCCUGGGAGAAGGUGCUCAGGGUCUGGGAGAAGUGGGCAAGAGGGCGAGAGAGAUCAAGAAGCAGGCUGAGGAUCUCCUGAUGAAAGCCCAGGAGGGAGUGAAUAUGCUACACAAACUUGAGAAGAAGUUUAAGCAGAACGAGAGGCGGAUGAAGGAACAGAUGGACCAGAUGUCAGAACUGGAGCGCAAUGUCACCGAUGUCCAAAAAGUCUUACGAGAGAGGGUCACGUAUUUCAGCACUUGCUAGUGAAGAAGUGGCUGUCACCCUCCUGAUGCUGUAGUUUACUCCUCAGACAACAGCUGCAGAACAAGCACCUCUGGUCCUUCUCAUGCUGUGCUUUAUUCCCCAAGCAACC